AUGUAUCGAUUUUUUUGUAUUCUAUCCUUGGUUUUAGUAUUUAACUUUUGGACACUAAGUGCUGAACUUAUUAUCUAUACACCAGUUAUUUCUGGUUAUACUACAAAUAUUACAAAUAAUAGUAAUAUAACAUUAAAUACUACUAAUUUAACUAAUGGUUAUACAAUAACUCCUUCUAGUUUUAGAAACUUUACUUUGGAAGAAAGAACACCUAAGACAAAAAUUAGUGAAGGCUUUAUUGCAAAAACAACAAGUACUACUGUAAUUAAUGAUAGUGAUUCUAAGGAUCCAUGGUAUCUUAUUGAAGAAGCUAUGAAUAAUACAAAUUAUGUCUCACCAGAACCACCAUUUACAAAAGAUUCAGUUGGAGCAUGUGUUAACAAGAUUUCUGAUACUGCAAUUAUAUUUGGUGUAGGCCGAGAUGAAUUCCAGAAAAUAAUAGUAAAGUGCUCAAGAAAAUCCUUUGGAAAUUUUAAACUUACAAAGUCAUGUUUAUCCAAAGUUGAACUUUCUGGUCAUAAAUUAAGCGAAGGAUGUAUUAACUGUUGGUCUGCUACAGUCGCAUGUGGAAGAAGUAACUGUGCACAUCAUUGUUUUGCUAAUACAUGUGUAGCUAAAUGUCAGAAGUGUUCACUUAAUCACUGUUCAAAAGAUCUUAAUAAAUGUGCAGGGACCAAAUGGUUACCAUUUCCAUGUGGUCUAAAUCCACAUAAUCCCAUACCGGAUAACUUUAAAGCUAAAGAACCUCAUUAA